AUGACUUCUCCUUAUAAUACUUCAGCUAAUAGACAGUUUAUAAAAGAGAAAAGGAUUUAUAUAUCCUCUAUACUUAUUAUUUCAGCAAGAGAAAAGUUGCUUGAAUACCAAAAGAUCCAUCUAGAAGGUGAAGAAGAAAAAGAAGAAGAAAAAGAAGGAUAUACAGGAUCAAGAGAAAUAACUUUGCAAGAAAAUGUUUCACUUGAUAAUUAUUUACGUUAUAUUAAAAAUAAUAAGGAUAAAUUCAAUUUAGUUCGUAUAUAUUUACAUGAUGGAAGUAUUAAAGCAUAUGAAGUACCAUUAGCUCUUCAUGCAUAUACAUCAGGAAAUAUCAAUGUAAUAAUGGGUGCAUGGAAUCGUCAGGAUUUUGAUUAUGGUAAUAAUCAAGAUCUGAUUUUAGGUCCAGCCAGUUCAAGAAGACCUAAUUGUGUGAUCUUUCCAAAACAUCGUUCUUUACCAGCAAAUCCUGCACAAAUUGCUGAUUCUAUAGGAGGAGCAUAUCCAACGAUGGUAGUAGAAAUUGGUUUUUCACAAUCUCUUUCUGAUCUUUACCAAGCAGUAACUCAAUAUUUUAAUCAACGAACUACGAUCCAAAUUGUAUUGAUCAUUAAAAUAUUUGGAAUUUAUACACAUCCUAAUACAAAUAUAUCUACUAUCGCACUAGUUGCUGCCUUAUUUCUUCGUACAAAUUCCAAUCCAUUAGUUCCAACCAGUGUUGUUUCUUUUGGAACAGCAAAUCUCGAUUCAAAAAUUGUAAACUUUAUUAUUCUGGAUAUGAAAACACCAAUUGCUAAUUUUAUUGGUUUUGGACUUCCUGAUCCUAAUAAUAAUAAUAUUCCAUUUCCUUCCUGUAAUGCGGCUGGUAUUCCAACAUAUAUAAUGAAUAUUCCUGGAACAGAAUUAUUUGAUAGAGUUCCAGCAAUUUAUCUUUCACCAAACUUUAAUCUUGGAUGCAAUAUAGAUCUUUGGGAACUUCAAACCACAAUACGACGCCACUUAAGAAUUUGAUUUUAUAGAUGAAUACUUGAAUUAAUUGUAU